AUGAACACAGCUGCCAUGCAAGGCCCAUACGAGGUCUUCAGCUUGAAGCAAGCUUUUGGGCUUUGUUGCGAAGCACGAGCCAUGCUCGAGGAGAACGACAGCAAAGCAGAGCUGCGCGUGAAGGAGGCCAGGGAGCUCGCGCAGAAGAGCUUUGAGGAGGCCCUGGCAGAUGAUGACGAGCUGGUGAGCAAAAGCAGCUUGAGAGCAAGACGCGCAUGGAGGCCUCUCAGAGAUACCGAGAAGGAGGAAGUUCAGAAAAAGCGAAUGGCGGUGCAGGAGGAGGCCCAACAGAUCCUCAAUGUCUGCACCCUUCUGGAUGAAGAGGUGCAGCUGAAGCAGAAGUCCGAGCCGCAGACGCUGCCGCCGCCACCCCCACCCCGUGCAGGAAUUGAGCUUCGUGCAGAGUUGCUGUCGACCACGAAGUCCGCCAAGCCCAUGCAUCGCAAGCUGAAUCGGGGCCGCGAGCGAACCACGAUACCUGUACAGCGAGAGCACUUCACUGGCAAGGUGGAUUUCGUGGAUCUCUCGAAAGUGCCGACCGACCUCGCUAAGGAGCAUGGCCUGGAUUUCUUCUCUCGCACCUGGCUUGAAUCCAAGAUGGCGCAGCACCAUCCUAUUGCCUUCAAUAUGUUGUGGACGGUGGACCGCAACGACGAGGAUGACAAUCGGGUGUCUUUGUUACAGUUUGCUGACGAGAAGAGAGUGGUGAUUCUGCGCACUCAUCGCACGGGCACCUGGCUGCCGGAGCAUGUGAGACAACUUCUGAUGCAUCCCUUGGUCUGCAAGAUCUGUGAUGGCUACUCGAUGAAGCACAAGAGGAAGCUGCAAAGCACCUUUGGGCUUGAGAUGAAGAACAACGUGAGCAUCUUUGCCAUGGCUGACGAGCGCCUAGGGCUGAAGUGUCACAACGUGGAAAGUAUCGCGAAAGAGCUGGGGCUGGAAUCCAGAGGCGUGCAGCUGCAGGAAGACCUGCUAAAAUGCGAUUGGAAUCAAAGGAGCCUGACGGCAGAGCAGAGAAAGGGAGCCGUCGACUUCCCAUUCCUGCUCUACACCCUUUGGCAAAGGCUCAGUGAAAUUAGUGUGCCCGCAGCAGCGGUGAGCAAUACGGGCAUCUUCGCCAUCGAACCCGGCUGGGAGAGUCAAGGCAUUGUUCUCCGGCACGAUGGGCUCUUCUGCCAGCUUUGCAAUGCGGGGCCCAUUCUAUCUACUGAGCAGAUGCAUGGUCACGUCAUCGGAAAAAAGCACCAGAGGAAGGCAAGGCCGCCGGAAACUCUGGAGGAGAUGCUCUUGCUACCCCAGCACUUACAGAAUCAAGGCAUCGUGACGCACGACUUCUGCUCAUCCUCAGCCGGACGUGUGGGACAGCGAGAGUAUUUCUGCAAACCUUGCGGCUGUGGCCCCUUUCAUGAUAUUGCAAGUGUGGAGACGCACAUCGCAGGUCGUCGGCAUGCAGAAGCGGCCAAAAAGUGGGGAUGCCCUCCCUUUUUGGAUGCAACUGAGCCAAAGGCGCAGCAAGAGAAGCCACAAGGGAAGAGCUCGGCUGCGGAGCUGCUGAGACGGGAGAUGGCCCUGGUCGGCCUCUGCUCGCUGACUCCUCCGGAUCUCUGUCCGGCCUCGAAGUCCUCGGAAGCUGUGGAAAUCCUCCGGGCGAUGGCCAGGGUUUGGGGAACCACGGAGUGCCCUGCCCUGGAGACUACGACGCCUCUCUCGCGCUCGGCCGCGAGUGGCGUGCAUCCGAGUGCCAGCGAGAUCUUGCGCAGAGCUGUUUUGGAACAGCUGCCGCAUUAUCGCAAGCAAGGUUUGAGUCCCAGAGAAGAGGUGGAUCUGUGCGAGGUCGAGCUUGCGAAGUCGCUCCAGCUCCCCGGUGCUGGCGAAAGGGCAUUGGACCUUGACAAAUCGCGCGACUAUGCCGUGGGAGCUCUGAAGGAUAACUUCCUUGGCAUCAUGCUGAGGACUGAUCUCGCCUCUGCCCGUGGUGCCGAGGGGAUACUGGAAAGGCGAAGCCACAGCUGUGGUGGAGCUGAAGCGAUUGGUGUGCAGAUCCUGACGGGUGAUGCCAGCAGAGAUGUAGCAUUGGCGCGGCUACUGGCACAAGCCGCAGAGGAACCUGAGACAGGCGAGAUGCCGGUGAGUCAGAAGAGGGAGAUGUGCGCCCAGUUUCUCGAGGUGGGGAGGUGCAUACUUGACCAGACCUGCCCGUUUGCGCACUGCCCCAGCGAACUCUUCGGUCAUGCAUCUUCACGGAGUCCGAAGAAGAGGCAGGUGGCCUAUGUGCAACUUCUGCCAGAGGAGCACAUGGCACAGCAGCAAGCAGCAUCUGCUCUUGCCUUUGACCGCUCCACGGCCGCAGCGGACGAUGCCACCUUGAGGAGAUUGCUUCUGGCCAAUGACAGUCCCUCCACGGCCAGACGAUGGUGA